AUGUCGUCGAUAACCAACAAGAAAUCAUCGUUCUCGAGCGACAGAAAGCGGGCGCCUGCGCUUAAUCUCAGCCCCGUGGAAAAGCAGGAGUUAUACGGGAUACCGCUCAAGUACCUCAGCUUGGUCACAUUGGCAUUGCAGAACGCUAGUCUGUCGAUAUUGAUGCGCUACUCACGCGUUUCAGAUCCUGAGCACUCGUACAAUCCCGCUUCUGCUGUCUUAUUGACUGAGAUACUAAAGGCGUCGAUAUCGCUCUACACGGCGUACAAGCGUACGGAUGAUCACGCUCUCAAUUCAAAUAGAGAGGAUCACCUCAGCCCGCUAUUUCCCAAGAAGAAGAAAUCCUUCUUAGGAAAUCUCCCUGUCAAACCGUCUGCCAGCCACAACAAGAGACGCAUAUCCCUCAGCCUCAAAGACGACCAGCGCCCCUCGGAUACUAAACUUAAAGCAAAAAUACUCGUGGCUCAGAUUUUUAGUAGGGAUUCCUGGAAGCUCUCCAUCCCUGCGAUCCUCUAUGUCAUCCAGAACAAUUUGGCAUUCGUGGCGGCGUCUAACUUGGAAGUAGCUACUUUCCAGGUCGCUUAUCAGAUGAAGAUUCUCACCACAGCCCUCUUCUCUGUAGUCCUGCUCGGCAGAAGCCUUACAAAGACAAAGUGGCUCUCGCUCGUUUUCCUGGCUAUCGGAGUUGGUAUUGUCCAGGUUCAGUCAACCACCAUGUCUUCAUCGCAGGGGGGUGUGCACGCCGGUAAUCCAAUUACAGGGUUCAUGGCUGUCGCUAUGGCCUGCUUAACUUCUGGUCUGGCUGGAGUGUACUUUGAACUUGUUUUGAAGGGAUCCAACGUCGAUCUUUGGGUUAGAAACGUACAGCUAUCCCUGUUCAGCUUCCCUCCUGCACUCCUACCAGUACUGUUUGGACAAGCUACACAUGGCCUUGGGCUCUUGGAACGCCUUAAUCUGGUACGCAACUUCAACGUUUGGGCGUAUGCAACUGUACUAACUCAGGUGCUUGGUGGAUUGGUCACGGCUUUAGUUAUUAAAUAUUCCGAUAAUAUAUUAAAAGGAUUUGCUACCUCAAUAUCAAUCGUAAUCUCUUCAGUUGCAUCAGUCAUUCUUUUCGACUUUCCAAUUACUCCUGGUUUCGUAAUGGGUGCUAGCACAGUUUUAGGAAGCACAAUGAUCUACAAUAAACCUAGCGCAGCCGCAGCUGCUUCAAACAAAGGUGUACCUGCGUCGUCUAACAAGAUAGGAGACAACUUUGCCUCAUACAACAUGGAAAAGGAGAAGAACUCAAACAAUGAUAUCAGGAAUUCACCCUCACCAAUAGAAGCAAAGUCAAUGUUGAAUGUUAGCGAUGAGAAGCAUAAAUCUACGUUCGUACCCGCGCAUGAGAUGCCGGGACCGACAUACAAUGUCUAUUCAAACAACGACACCUCGUACGUGAGCAAUUACGGAGGACAUCAUGUACCAUCCGACUCUUCCAGCUCAGAUCAGCUGGCAGAAUCAUCAAAUAGUUCAGUAGGAGGAAGUCCAGAGCAGUACAUGUAUACGCGGGCGUAUGAUCCAAAGCUAGUAGUAGACCAUCAAUUGAACAAGAGUGAUAGAUCGCAUUCUGAUUCCCCUUUACCAACACCAGAUUUUACAGGGGAGACGAACAAGUUGGAUAAUCUUGCUUUCACAUCUUCUUAUAAGCAGCAAAGCUGA